AAAAAAAAAAAUUAUGUCUCUUCCACCAUUAUUUGGCAAUAAUUUUCCCAAUUAUUAUAAAGAAUACUAUUGUAAUGUUGAAGUAUACUGGUAUCAGGCAGAAUUCACACAAAGUUUAUACCCACCUGGACAAGAAAUUAGUGAAGCAUGUACAUUAAUCUGUUUGCUGGUGGCCCAACGAAUUAGUCAAUUAAAUCUUCGAUUCAUCAACGUUAAUUCUAAUUUGGAAUUUAAUAUUAUAAUGGCAGAAGCGAUAAUAGAGGGCAAUAAAAUACAUUCGCAUAUUGUUAAGAACAAUCUUGUUCCACAUCCAUAUUUGAACACGGAAGAGGCAUUGAAAUUUGGCGGAAAGAAUCUUAAUAAGCUGAGAGAAUGGAAAUUUCAAAUAUUUCGCGAACAUCUCGACACGAGCUUGCAUAACAAUAUAAAAAUCUUUUUAUACGAAUGGUAUAAAAAUCCUGUAUCGGAUAAUUUAUAUAUGCUUUUGAUAACUUGUGGUAGAACAAUACUUUUUAUAUUUCAACAGCAAACGGAAAAGGUCAUCUUGUUUGAUUCUCACGCACACAAUAGCGCAAGGAAUUCAAAUAGGGGUCUAGUAGUGGCGCAAUCAUCAAUUACCAAAUUAAACGAAUUAUGUAAUUGGUACAUAAGAAACGUCAUUCAUAAUUGUUAUUCAUUGGAUGCCGAUCAAUAUGAAUUAGCUUGUUUGUAUUAUGAAGAACCACAUAAAUCAAGUAAUUGUUGGGAGUGCAGGUGUAGUACACCUUUAAUGAAUUACAAAUAAUUAGGUGAACGAAU